AUGGGCCGGAGGCUGACAGGAAGAGGGGGCCGCGUGAGCGAGCGAGGGAGUGCUGAGGCCGAAAAGCAGCCGCAACGGCCCGUACUUGAGUUUACUAUGCCACGAAAGAAGAAAUGCAGUCAGUUGCCACAUGGCGGGGGCUAG